CUUUGUUGCCAUGGCGACGGCGUAACUCGGCUGCUAGCAGCGAUGGUAAGAAACAUGGAAAACAAAUCAUCUCCGAAAACACGGAUCACAUUACCGGAGCAGAAGGUUGACCCACAGGUGAAGAUGAAUGCAGGCGGUAACACCAGGCGGUUUCUACCGGAAAUUAACAGCAACAAACAGAGGAGAGAUGCUCAGCGCAGGAUGAAGGUGGGGUCUCUUCAAACUGCAUCUGUAUUGGAUAAAUCAGCUCAGAUCCUCUCCAGGGAAGAAAUUGCACAGUGCAGAAACAGUCUAAAGCAGAACAUCUGUGUGGAGACGCUUCAAGAAGGUUAUCACAGAUCGUUCUCCGAGUUGUUCUCCCUGCUGCGCCGUGAUCAGGAUCAGAGGGCGACGGCUGAACCAGGUACAGAUGUUUUGUUUCAGAGUCCUCUGGAGGAACAACGAGACAAACUGGAGACCAUGAAGCUGCACCUGAGCCUGGCGGAGAAGGCUGAAAGGACCGGUUCCUGGUCGAUGAUGCACGAACAGCGUCUGUUUUUGGGUCGAUAUUUCUCGGCUCCGGAGGAUCUUUGGCUCAGUAAACAUUUCUACCUCAGCUGCACCGAGAGGCAGCAAGGAAGCCGCUCCAGACCGGCCACCGAGGCCCGGGCCUGCCUGGCCGAGCUCUACCUUCACCAAGGUGAGCUGGAGGAGGCGAGGCAGCAGGCGGAGCUGUGCAUCAAGCUGGCGGAGGACGGCGGCUGGCUGGACUCGUACGGUCAUCCCCUGAGGCUCCGGGCUCGCCAGGCGCUGUGGAGGAUCUUCAACUGUAUGGCCGACGCUCCGCUGGCCGACGCGGACUACAGCGAGGCCCUGACGCUGCUCCACAAGGGCUACAGAAUGGCCACAGAGUCUGAAGACAAACAGAUCGAAGGGGAAGCUGCUUAUCGACUAGGACUGACCUAUCAGAGAGCAGGAGACCACGACAAAGCCAAACAGUUCUUCAACACUUACAUGCAGAUUUGCGGCACACUUGAGGAUCCAGACGGACUGGGAAAGGCUUACAAGGCUAUGGCCAAGUCUACACAGAGUGAGGGAAACAUAGACGAGACGGUCCGGUGUCUGGAACAGUUGGCCGACAUCUCCCGUAGCAACGGACUACAACGCAGCCUGGCAGAUGCCCACCUGUGUCUGGGCAAAAUCUACUUCACCAGUCGUCAGUAUGAGAGAGCCAGUCAGUACUUCCUGCAGAGUUAUGAAGUCGCCUGUAACCUUGGAGACAUGGCUCUGCUGCAGGAAGUUCAGGUUUGGGUCGGCAGCGCUCGCGCUCACUCCUUCAUCAGGAAGUACAGCGCUGACGUGGUGUCGGAGACGCCCGCCGCCCUGCGACGACUGCUGGUCUGGAAGGAGACCAGAGGAGGUCAGGAGCUCAGUACAGACUCCACAGAUUACACUGCUGCUGCCUGCUGCUCCACAUCAGAUAAAGAUACUGUUCUAUAAAAGUGAUCGAUCGGUGAACGAAAUGUAGAAAAACACUGAAGCCAAGAAACAUUUUUCACGCAAACAUAAAAAGUAAAUAAAAUCCAGAUGAUGCCUUCGUAGCUGUUUGAUAUAUUAUAUUAUUAUAUAUUAUAAAUGUAUUAUUAUAUAAUCAGAUUUCCUUGUAAACAGUCAAAUUAGUGACUGAAACCUGUGAGACGAGCCAAUCAGAGCACAGAUAAUAACAGCCGUGAUGUUGAACUUGAACUCUGAGUGAGAGAAAAAUGAGAAGCUGCAACACCAAACAGAAACAGUUUGCUAGUUAGGAGGGAAAGUUUUGGAUUGAUUAAGUAAAUAUCAGAACUUGAUUUUAAUGAUACAAUAAAAUGUACUUACAUGGAAUCUGUUGGGGAACAACUUCCUGUUGUACAGUUGUAAACACUAGUAUAAACGACUGAACGUCUACUCAAAUUUUAUCACUUUUUUUGUAAUAGCGACACUUUUAAUGAUCUAUUUCGCUGUACUCCUGUGUACAGAAAUGUGACCAAAUGAAUUAAAAUAUAGAAAAAUAGGAUUUAACAGGAAAAUACGUCAUCAGUGCAGGACGUGGUGGUUGUCUUGGUGACAGCACGCCAACGACCAAUGACUUUGUCCUGCCGAUCUCAACAGUUGGAAUAGUCCGAACAUAUAAAUUAGUGAUUGAAGCAUUUUUGCAUGCGGGGCCAUUGAAUGGAGGGUGAAGAGCUCUACUGCAGGAGAUUAUUGUUUUAUAUUCAGAUGACAGAUUUGCAGUAAAUUAGCUUAAAAUGAUUAAAUCUAAGAAUUCAGAGUUUUAAUCAUAAUCACUCAAACGCAUGUUGAACCUGGUGGAUUUACUCUGAAACUGAAACAUCAAACAUUUGUUAUAACGACAUCAAAAAAUUAUUUUAUUACACUUAAUAAAACUAUGAUACCAACUUUGUGUUCACUGUUAUACAGAAUAAAAAUGUUUAAAAUAAAUAUAAUUUAUCAUCUUGUUGUUUGUUUGUAAAAACUGCUGUAUGUUGGUUUUAUACUGAUUUAGAUAUAAAUGAAUCAGUGAAUUUUUAGGAGACUUGUGUCAUUAUAAAAGAGUUUAUAUUUGAAUUAUAACUUAUAAUAAUUAUAAUAAUAAUCAUCAUCUGCUUUUGACCAUUGAAUUA